CGCAGCACCACCGCAGCACCACCGCAGCACGAGCGUGGUUCAGCAUUCCGGUGCGAGGGAGCAGGAGUGCGGUACCUGUGCUGCGUCGAGCACCUGUUCCGUGGCGGUGGUCCUGGCCGACCUUUCUUUUUCUACUUUCUUUGCAGCGUUGUUUUACGCUUUUUCAUUCUGGGCUGAAAAACGAACCGUUGCGAUUUCUGUCUUUGCCUGGCGUGCAACUCCAACAUAAUCCAAUAUCUGGUAUUUAUUUAUUAUCCACCUGAGAUCCAGUGCCUGCUUUCUCUCGAUAUUCCUUCAUUGUUGACGAGCUCUUCUUUUUGGUUUACGGAAUAUCUGGUUUCUUUGAGUUUCCACUGUUCUACUUAUGCCAAUUAACACCAACAAUAGCACUAGCCAUGAUAAUUUCCAUAAUAUGAGUAGCGACAAUACUAACAAUACAAUUAAUACUAGCAAUAGUAGCAGUGGUAAUCCUAAUAUUAUCAAUAUUAGCAAUAAUAGUAAUAUUAUCAACAAUGAUAAUAUUAAUAUCAACAAUAAAAAUAACAAUAGUAAAAAUAGUAAAAAUAAUAAUAAUUUUGUUAAUACCAAUUCAUCCCCAGUUAUUUACUCAACAAUGAAAAGAGUCCUGCAACCUAAUAACCCAAUCUACCCUCAUCAAUUCAAAAUUAAACAACGUUCUCAUUCAAUUCCUCUUCCUUCUUCUGCUUCAAAUCAUAUCAACAAAAAACCAAUCAAUCCCUACAACUCUUAUACCUCCUACAACCCUUACUCUGCUCCUGCUUCUUCCUCUUCUUCUUCCUCUCGUUCUUCCUACCAUUCCACCUCUACUUCAAUCUCAAACCAAAACCAGGGCCAAAAUUACAACUCAAACCCUCCUGCUUCUGCUUCCUCUUCCUCCCCAUCCUCCUCCUCCUCCUCCUCCUCUUCACGAAUCACCUCAAAAUCAAAGAGAAAAUCCUCUAGGAAAUCAAACACUGAGCUCGCUGCUGAAGUCGUUCAACAAGAAAGAGACCUAGUUCGAAAUCUUAAACGUCUAAGUAUUGGCGCAAGCACUUCCUCUGGGGACCCUGAUCUAUCCCUAGAAAAGGACUUCAACUCAAACUACAAUCAAAUCCAAGACCUAAAUAACCACAACAUACACUCAAAUAUUCACUCAAAUAAUGACAUCAGCAAUACCUUAAAUGAUCAACUUCUUUCAACUUCUCCAAGAAGUAGUAUCUCAAGUCUAAACUCUCUACUCAGCACCACCAACAACAACAGCAACAACAACAGCAGCAAAAACAAUAACAGCAAUAAUAAUAACAAAAAAAGAUUAUCUCAGCUAUCUUUUAACAUAGACUCUGAAGAUAUAAUCUUAGCCGACAAUAAUCUCAUAAAAAAAAGAUUUCCCUCUUCCUCUUCCUCUUCCUCUUCUUCUUCCUCUUCCUCUUCCUCUUCUCCAAAUAACCAUCAAAAUGACGACAAAAAUAACCAAUCUAUUUCAACUAAAAUUAAAAGAAAAUCCCUGUCUGGUCCUUCUUCAAAAUCUUUUUCUAUAGAUACUAAAAAACUAUUAUGGGUCCCAGCAAGUUCCCAUCCUGCUAUUGACCCAGAAAAUUUCAAAAAACAUGUUCAAUCAACUGUAGCUGAAAUCACUGCCAAUCUAGAAAAUAAUGACAACAACAACCAAGCUAACGAUACUAACCAAAAUUAUCACAACGACAAUAACCAAAUAACCAACCAAAACAUCGAGAUUACUGAUAAAAACUCCACUAACACACCCAACAAUCCAACCGAUGACGACUCCACUCUAUCUAAUACAUUGCUAUCUUUCAAAUCAGACUCCCAACCUUCUCUAAAGGAUUUAACUGAUGAAUUGGAAAGAUUAUCUGAAAUCGCUGGCUUAACUGCUACUGACGCUGCCACUUUGGCCAGAACUUUGUCUACUUCAAACAUCGGUUACAAAUCCGAUUUAUCUUCAAUCAACUCAAACCAUUCAAAUUACUACUACAACAAUAGCAAACACAAUCAAAUUGAAAAUAACAACAACGACAACAACACCCCCAUCAUCACCACCACCACUGCUAACUCCUACAAUAACGAAGACUGUACCCCAAAUAAUGACCAAUUUGACACCAUUGAUUCCUCAGAUUCACAAGGCUCUCCAGUCAACAACACAUACUCUUCUCCAGAGAUUAACCACUCCCCUGUUUUCCAAAAUCAGAACUCUUCUUCUUGCAUUUCUUUGCCUUCAAAAACUUCCUCAUCGUCAUCCGCUUCUGCUUCUGCUUCUGCCCAACUCCAAUCCCAUAAAAACCCUCUCACUUUAAGAAACAGAAGAUCUCAAUCCCUAAGCUCUUUGGAAAAAUCUUCUUUCAAUUAUAAUAAAAACGUUAACGAAAACACCGCCGAAGACUCAGAUAACGAUAUGGAUAACCCAAUUGUUUUAUCAUCAAACGAAUCAACCUUAAAAAGAAGUAAAUGGACAACUUACAGAAAAAACAACUCCUCAAAAUCAAAAAAUUAUUCAAUCGAUUCCAACGCUUCACCUCAUUCUCCAAAUCUCAAUAAAAAUAAAAGCUUGAAAAAAGCAAGCGACGAAUUAAAAAGACAUCCUCUACCUUCUCACUCUCAAAAUAUUAUUCAUCAAAACCAGUUGCAAAGACAGAAACAAUUAAAACAACAACACGACCAACAACAACAGUUCCAAUCUCAACCCCAAUCUCAAUCUCAAUCAAGAUCUUCGCAGAAAAAAAUACCCUCUGGUCGUUCGUCUUUAGAUAGUGGUAGACGUUAUAUACAACAGCAACAACAACAACAACAACAACAAAAAUAUCAAGAUCAAAAGACUUUUGAAGUCAAAGAACAAAGACACCGCCAUCAUCAUCGUCACCAUCACCGUACUAAUGACCCUAAUCAACCACCACUGCCUCAAACUGCUCUGCAAAGACUGUCACCUCAAUUAAAUCAACAACAAUUUCAAAAAUCACAUCCCCAACAAGCUAAUUACUCACAUCAAACUCAAUCUCCACCGAAACAACAAAUUCAACUGCAGGCUCAACCUCAAAAUAUUCCUGAACAACAACACCAAAAUCAAAAUCAACAAGCAUCCCAAAACCAUCAGCAAAAUUAUCAACAACAGUACUCUCAAAGUCAAUAUGCUCAGCAAAACCUUUCUCAACAACAAUCAUAUCCUCAAAAUACACAAACACCACAGACAUCUCUAUAUCAAAACCAACAAAUUUAUUCUCAAAAAGGUCAUUCUCAACAGAAUUAUCCUCAACAGGAGAACUUGCACAAUGAAAGAAAUCACCAAUUAACUCAAGAACAAUUGAUGAAUCAAGUUCAACAAUCGCCAAGAAAGAGGGACUAUAAAUCUCCUCCUAUUCAAGAAGCUGCAAGAUUCCAGAGCUUUCAACCUCAAGAUUCUUCUUCAAAUGAUCUGCGCAACUAUAAACAAAAAAAUAUCAAACCACAAAAGUUGCAGUUACAAAACAAUUCAAAUUUCUCGAAUUUUCAAAGAUACAAUAAUCUACAAAAAUCUCAACAAACAUCUCCACAGUUUUCCCAACAAGUUAUUAUAACCUCUCCAUCCACAUCACCCUCACCUUCUCAAACCCAAUUUUCGCAACAGCAGGUUUAUCAGUCGUCUAACCCUACUUUUCAGACUGAACCCAAACUAGAUAAAAAUAAUGAAGCUCAAUCAACCUCAAAGAAAUUAAAACAAGCACUGCCACAAAUGCUGCAAGCGUUUAUUGAUAAUAAAAAGCAAAGAUCAUCUAAAUCUCCUCAAUUGCAAUCUGCCGGCUCGUUUUCCCAAUCCUCUCCGAAUCUUUCGUCUUCGAAAUCCGAUCGUGCAAAGCAAUCGAAAAAGAAAAAAUCUUAUAAAACAUUAGAUUUUGAUAGUAAUUCCAAUUCAAAUAAUAACAAUGGCAGCAAUAUCAAUAAUAAUAAUUCAAGUCCAGAUUUAUCUGCUCCAAGCAAACCUAGACGUCGUGUUAGGAAGAAUAGUUUAAGUGCAUGGUUAAAAGGUGGUUCAUCAAAAGCUGAGCUUUCUCCAACUGAAAAUUUGAUUAAUGAACUUGAUAAUAACAGCCUACAUUCCUCAAAUUCAGAUGUUUCUAGAUCACAAUCUAAUGAUUUAACUUUAAUGGGUAACUCUAGCUCACCUAAUUCUCCAAAUGAAGAUAAAGAAAGAGAAAAUAAAAAUAUUUUUCACUUAUUUAAGAAAAAAUCCAAUAAGAACUUGGCUGGGGCGUAUAGAAUUAAUUCUGCUUCUAAAGAGGAAAAAUCCAAUCCUCUACCAUCUCAAGUGAUUUUAAGUCCCACUGCAAAUUCUUUUGAAGAAUCUUUGCAACAAUACUCAAAUAAUUACAGGAGUGACAAGGAAAAUUUUUCAAGUACUUCAGCCAAUUCCAAACAUUCAAAUGAAUUUAUUGAAGGAAAACAAAAGACUACAGAUCAACCCUUGAUUGAUAAUGUUCUAACAUUAAAUUCAAAGCAAAGAGAUCAACAUCUUGAACCUGCAGCUGAGGUUAGUAAGGAAUCCUCUAAGGUUUCUCCUGUUCUUGGGGAACCAGUUCAAUUAAAGAAAAAAAAUAGUUCGGGAGGAAUUUCUAAAAAGCCAUCAAAACAAAAAAAAAGAGAUAAAGAGAAAGACGUUGAAGAGUAUAUAAAAAAAGAAACCGUUAAACAAGCAGUCGAACAACACCCUUUUAACGUUAGAAAAGAAGUGGAUAACAAUAAAAAAUUAGAAAAAAUAGAAAUAGAGAAAGAGGAAGAGAAGGAGAAGAAACAUGAAAAUGAAAAUGAAAAUGAGAAAGGGAAAGAAAAAGAAGUGGAAAAAGAAAAGGCUGUUGAUGAAAUUUUGCAAGUUCCUGAAAAAAAAGACAAAUUAAAAAAAUAUACUCUCGAAGAAUUUGAGGCAGAUAAAAAUGCAAAACCGAAUCAAACGGUUUUCAAAACUGACUCUGCUUUUGGCUUCCCAUUACCUCCAUUAACACAUUCCAGUAUUAUUAUGUUUGAUCACAGAUUUCCUGUUCAUGUAGAGCGGGCAAUUUAUAGAUUGGCACAUAUCAAAUUAACAAAUCCAAAACGAGAAAUAAGAGAACAGGUUUUGUUAUCAAACUUUAUGUACGCAUAUUUAAAUUUGGUAAACUAUAGUAUCUAUUUGCAAUCAUUGGAAGAAGAUCAAAAUAAUGAUGAAGAUACAAAAGAGGACAAUAAUCAGGAAGCUGAAUUCCCUGUCAAUGAGGAAACUAUGGAAGAAAAUUAUGAAGUCUAUUAUGAGAAUGACAAUAAUCAAGAACCAGAAGAAGAUCUGGAAUAUUAUGGACAAGACCAACAGUAUCAAGAACAGCACUAUCAAAAUCAACAAUAUGAAGAUCAGCAAUACCAAAAUCAGCAAUACCAAAAUCAACAGUAUCAAAACCAGCAAUAUCAAGGUCAACAAUAUCCAGAACAAUCACAAGAUGAAUUAAUGCAUUAUGGGUACACUGGUUAAUUAUUAUCCACUCGAUGAUGUUCAUUUAUUAUAUUUUCAAUAUAAUGUUGUAAACAAUCUCUUUUACCCUUUUUUUGUUAGUACUACAAGUUAUUUUAUUUAAUCAGAAAGUAAAUAAAUUCUAAACACAAAAAUUCUUUAUUAUCCUUAUAUUAAUCUGGAAAACAAAAUAAAAACAUAUCACAACCAUAUCUAUAUCUUAUUUACUUUAUUUUAACCUUUUUAUAAUUUCACUGCAUCAUGAUUUCAUUUUAUUAAUUUUAUUAAGUUUUUUAUUUUAUUUUUUUAUUUUAUUUUUUUUUAAUUUUUAGUUUAUAUUUUAGU